GACAGAUAGAUAGAUAGAUAGAUAGAUAGAUAGAUAGAUAGAUAGAUAGAUAGAUAGAUAGAUAGAUAGAUAGAGCCCGGAAGUGUUAAAUGGACCUGACGUCAUUAGCAUGCGCCGCUGUCUCGUCACCAUGGUAACCGAAAAGCGCCGGUGAUACAGGAGAAAGUAAACUUAUAACAUAAAGCUAAAAUUGUUAAUAUCGUUUAUACGAUGCUGUGUGAAGUUGAGCCUGAUAUGGAAGAAGCCCAACUGAAAAAGGAUGUGAUGGAGAAAGAGGCAGAGGAUGAAGGACUGGAGGAGUUCGAAAAACUGGAACAGACACCAAGCAAAGAGCAAAUCAAUCUCCAGGCUUCCCAUCUAUCGGAGCAGAAGGCUGAAAUGGACCCAUAUGAAUGUCCUGCCUCAUACAGUGAGAACUCAGCUAAAGAGAAGCUGUUGGUGUCCAUGGCAGAAAACCUUCACGCUCAGUACUCCUAUCUGUACCCUGAUCGCAAACCACUGCUGCUCUGCCCAGUCAAUGAGUUAGGAGUGCAGAAGUUUGUGAGCACCACACUGCGGCGGACACUGAUGCCGUACCGUGAGCUGUAUGACUGGCAGGGCUGUGCUAGUUUCGUCUCUGACUUUUUAACUUUGGAGCUGCUGGAUUGUCCAACUGAAGUGCCAAAACGGCUCUGCUCUCCUGCGUGGGUGGUGCAGACUCGAAGAGGUACAUGUUUUGAUUUCUCCACCUUGCUCUGCAGCAUGUUGCUUGGCGCAGGCUACAAUGCUUACUGUGUCAGCGGCUACGCUGUCAAAGAGAUGUGCCUACUCGAUCUGAGCCAUCAGGAAUGUCCAUUACUCAGACCUCAGGAUAUGGAUGAAGGGAAGUCACCCGAGCAGAAGGAGGAACUGAAGUACAAGGUUAAACCUGCACGAGAACUGAAAAGUACCUUCGAGCAGCGUCAGGAGGAGAAAAAACAGAAGAAACUUCAAGCGUUGCUCGUUCAACAGCAGGAGGCCGAAAGACUAAAGGAGGAGCAGGAGCGUCCUAAAGAUCCUCUGUGGGGUCUCCGGAUUCACAGCUGGGUUCUGGUUCUAGCAGGCAAACGUGACAUAUCAGAGAACUUCUUUAUCGACCCGCUCUCGGGCCAGAGGUUUCCAACAUCUAGCUCGAGUUUCCUUGGCAUCGAGAGCGUCUGGAACCACGAGAACUACUGGGUCAACAUGCAGGACUGUCGCCUGGGCUGUAAGGAGAUGACAUUUGACCUGCAGGAUGUGCUGAAGUGGGAGUACAUGCUGUGUGGCCCCAGUAGCAGCUCACUACUCGAUGCUACAGGAGAAGAGGAACAGAACGAUGAGGAGACAGAAGAGAAUAAGCUUUUUGAGAUGCCUGGGUCUUGGGUUUCACAAAUCCACAUCUCUGAAGAAGAUAUGGAAAGUCGUUUUCCCGGUGGGUCGAAGGUUCUCCGUUACAGGAAGGCCACGCUGGAGAGAUUUGCCCCUUAUCUCCAGAAAGAUGGAUUAGUCACAAGACUCACUACUUAUGAUGACCUGGAAUGCACUCAGAUCGACACAGUGAAGGAGUGGUAUGAAAACCGAGACGAUGAGCUCCAGGAGAGGGAACUGAAGAAAGCCACCGACGUCACUACAGAGCGAUUCGCACCAGGAAGGCGCUUCUGUGUAAAAACUCACAGGUACGUGACUCUGGUCCCUGAAACAGAGCGUUUCAUGGAGUUCUACAGUAAAGCACGAGACGAUAACUUGCUCAGUCGAGUUGAGACGCCGAUGGAAAUGACUGAGACGUUUCAGGGCCGUCCUGAUUUCCUCUACUACCGACAUGUUAUUUAUGAACCUGUGGAGCCGGCUCAAGAAACUGGAGUUCAGCGAGCCAUUCAGAAGGUUGUGGUGAAAUUCCACAGAGAUCGAUCCAAGCCAGCUUGCAAGGAUGUGGCUGAAAUAGUAUUCAAGAUUUCACAGAAUCGAAUUGAGGUUACCUACCAACUAGAGGAUGACAGAAUCAUCCCAAAUUUUGACAUCUUCGUCAAACCUCUUAAUCAUGACGACUCUUUCUCAGACAAGAUGGUCUCUAGCUUUCAGGUGGACCUGCAUGCGAAACCAUUCCCAAAACAUUACAUGUACCAGAGCCUCAUGGCACUGAUGGAGGAGGAGGAGAACAUCUUAUUCAGUAUCAAGAACUCUGAGAAAGAAGUAAGGGAUAUCCUUGAGGUUAGAGACCAGGAGGAGACCGGCAUUCUGUUUAAGAUCUCCAGUUACGACAUGGCCAGGAAUGAGAAAGCACGCCUGCAUGUGGAAAAGAUGAAAAACCUGGCCCGAGAGAAACAACUGAAGGAAGAAUUUGAGGAAGUGGACAUCUUGGCUCCAAACCUGGCUCAGCUUGGAGACCCGGAGAGCUUGACCAGGCAGCUCGCACUGCAGAUCCAUUCAGACUGCCUCAACAACUUAAAGCAGAGACUCAUAGACAGGGCCAACCUCAUUCAGGCUCGAUUUGAAAAGGAGACUAAGGAGCUCAUGCGGAAACAGCAGUGGUACCAAAAGAACCAGAUCAAGUUGACAAAACAGGAUGAGGAAGCGUAUUUAACCUUCUGCUCCGAAACCAUGUUCAGGAUCAACACUCUGAAGCUGCGCCUCAGACGUCACAAGGACACAGCACCACAGAAGUAUCAGGAACUGGACAUGAUGCUGAGAAAAGAUCCCAGACUGAUGCAAUACCUGGACUGACAGUUACACGGACACAAAGCAUAAGUUUGGCAUACACUCCACCUAAACUACUCCCACUCACCCCUCCAUUUUUUAAAUUUUUAUUAUUUUACUACUGUUUAACCCUUGUAUGGUGUUCGUAUAUUUGUUACUCAGCCUGUGUUCGUGGGUCCGUUGGACCCGCUGAAAUCUUUGGGUUUUUAAUUCAACACAAUCAAAAAAUUUUAUGUUAAAAUACUCUACAGAUGUUUACUUCAUCCCAUUUACAAGCAAUAUAAACAUCAUAUAUGGUUAAUAUUUGCCCUUUUACCUUUAUUACAUCACAUUUUGUUAUUAAAGUGCAACUCGUUUUUUGUUGUUUUUUUAAUAAAAUGUAAUAAAUAAAAGAAAAAUCAAAUUUAAUCAAGUUAUGAGUGGAAAAAAAAAUCAACAAAUUUACAAGGAAGCAAAGUUUUUCAAAACUAUUGAUGUUUAUGAAUAUGGGUCCCACAGACCCGAGCAACAUACAAGGGUUAAGUAUUCACCUCCAUUUUUCUUGCAGGUUGUUUGUUCGCAUUUUAGCCUUAUAGCACCAUCUAGUGUCUGGAUAGCUACAAUACAUUAAUAUAUUUUUUCCCCCUUUGCAUCUAAAUACGUUUUGUUCAGACUGGUCUUCUUGGCAAUCUAACCAAGAAACUCCAAGAGCUUGUUUCUUUCUUUCAUAUGCCUGACGUUCUUUCAUGAUCAAUGGCUGAUACCUGUAAAUAACAUAACUGUAAAGGGUGAACCAAAUGGCUGAUUACACUGUGCCCUAUCUGUUGUUAACAUAAUGGCCUGUCUGUAAAGCAAAUCAACUGAUCACUACACAUGAUGGUCCUUCCGUCCUGUCUAUUGUAAGUUCUAGAGUAGAAGGUCCUAACUGUAUUGUUUGAAGGCCAUUUGUUACCAGGUAUAAAGUCUGGUCACACAGACAGUACCUUUGUGUUAAGUUCCAGAAGACAAAUGAUAUGAUACAGAGCAUCUUCAAUAAACACUUUUCCCCUCAA